CACGUGGGAGUAGUUACGAGUGCAUGUAGAAUAGAUUAUAUAUAUCGCUGCCUGCAUGAAUGGAUCAUGGAUGGAUGAUUCUUUGUUUCUCUCCACGUGCUGAAAUCUUGGAUCAUAUAGACCGUGAUGGACUUAUAUAAUCAACAUGAUGAAUAAUCAACUGAAACUAGUUAGCACUUCGAUCUUACAUUCAGAACCUAAUAAGUCUGACCGAGUUUAUAGGAAUCCACGAAACCACCUCUGACCUUACCUGCUUGCUCAUAGCUAGUCAGAGCUCUAUCUCACUCAUUUUUUAUACCCAGCAAAAUAUACUUUUGAAACUUUCAAGUAUUUGCUGCUUGUAUCGUAUCCUCAAAAUUACUUCUCAUCUUAACAGUCAAAUUAGUACAUCAGAGCAAACAAUUCGUUUUUUUUCUUUUGGCCUUGUGCUAGUUACUUGAGUAUCAAAAGAGCACAACGAAUUGGUAACAGGGCAGCAGGUAACCAGCUACGUACGAGGAGUCGCACUGCCAAUGGCAUUACUAGCAGUCUAGCACAAACGGAGCGUGACAGCUCAUUAUCAAUUCAUUUGGGUUACUUGAGUGUUAGUUGUUUACUUACCUCUAGUAAAUUACUGUUACUGGUGCAAUCACAUACAUCUAAAUGUGUCCACAUGCCUGCUGAUCGUGCUGCACACUACUCGGGUUGUGGCCAUCAUCCAUGGCUGUGCGACGAGCUGCUGCGCUGCUUCACCGGAUGCUUCUUGUGGCGGCGGUGGCGGCGGCGAGUGUGGCCGCCGGGGCCAAGGUCCCGGCGAUGUACGUGUUCGGCGACUCUACGGCCGACGUGGGGAACAACGACUACCUGCCGUGGAGCAUCGCCAGGGCCGACUUCCCCCACAACGGCGUCGACUUCCCCGGCGGCAAGCCCACCGGCAGGUUCUGCAACGGCCUCAUCGGCGUCGACUUCAUCGCCAUUGCUAUGGGGUUCAGCAGGAGCCCACCGGCUUAACUCUCACUCAUAGCGCUAAUGCUGCCAACAGCAGCAGUGAGGCGACGAGGAACAUGACCAUGGCAGCCGCAGCAGCCUACACUACCGGAGCUAACUUUGCCUCUGGAGGCUCUGGUCUUCUUGAUUCCACUGUAUAUCUAAUUCACCUCACAUUACUUCUUCUAUACUUUUGA